CGUCCACGGUCACUGGGAAACAUGUCGGCAUCCGAGACCACGACAAAGGAGCACCAUGAAAAUGAUGAGUCAGAAACAUCAACGGAGUCAGUAGCCGGGUCAAGUCAAAUUAAAGAAGAUAAUGCAGCCUCCACCUCGUCUGCUGCUUCUUACAAGACGGAGCCCAUGGGUGUUAUGUCAUCACUGUUGUCAUCCCAGCAACCUGGGAAGGAUGCUUCCACAGUGGCUGUAGAGGAGGGAGAACAGUGGUCCCGUGCCUCCUCCCCACAGAACAAACCUGCUGCUGCAGGUCACACAGCAAAUGCCCUUCUAUCAGCGUCCUCCUCGUCAUUGUCCCCUUCUCCUUCCACGUCUUCAACUUUGUCACCCGGCCGAGCAAAGAUGAGCGUUUCAGGGCCUGGUAGCAGUAAAUCUGUCCUCCCACCUGGUCCUCCAUCCUCCUCUUCUUCCUCCUCUACAACAGCUGCUUCUUCUCCAUCUGUCUCCCCUGCACCACCCAAGAUCCAUCGGGCACGAAAGACCAUGAACAGACCUCCACCAGGGCAGUUGAGUCAAAUUGAGGCACCUUUUGCUUCUGUGACUCCUCCAGGAUCCUCCGCCAGCAUUUCUUCUCAUUCUGAAACUGCUUCAAAGAGGAGGAAGCUGGAUCAUUUAUCGGACGGCACACCCGAGAGGUCUGAAAACAUUCCCGACAACACUCAAACGGAGGAAGAAACAUUAUUCCAUAAAAAAGCUGAGUUUGAAGCUGCGCCUGGGAAGAGCAUCAGCUCUGUGGGGAGAUCAGAAGAGGACGUAGUCGAGAAAAUUCAGAUUUCUAGUCCAUCCAGGCAAGAUUCAGAAAGGUUUGAAGAUGGUGAAGGUGAAGCAAGGCAGCAAGCUAAAGACAUAGAGAGGGCAGCGAACACGUCAGAUCAUAGUUCAGAGUCUGAAACACAGAGAGUGGCCAGAGAGAGCGAGGGGUCUUCUUGGCCGCUGUCUGAUCAAGACAAAAACAGAAACACUGCCGACGUCGUGGAGACAGAGGGAGGAAGAUCUGCAGAGUACACAGAAGUUCCCUUGGGUGCUCUGGACAUUGCUGCUGCUGACAGUCUGACGCUUUCUCCUAAUCCUGAUGGCAGUGAUGCAGGAGACACAGAGCGGCUGGAGGAGCUCCCGCUGUGCAGCUGCAGGAUGGAGGCCCCUCGUGUUGACAGCACCAGCAACCGUGUCAGCAGACAGUGUAUGGCCACUGAGAGCAUCGAUGGAGAGCUGCGAGCUUGCACCAAUCGGACUAUUAAAGGGGAGACGAUGAGGCCGUCCAGUCGGGUUCCCCUCAUGGUGCUUUGUGACGUCCAUCGCUCACACAUGGUCAAACACCACUGCUGCCCCGGCUGUGGAUAUUUCUGCAUAGCAGGCACAUUUCUCGAGUGCUGCCCGGACCAGCGCAUCGCUCACCGUUUCCACCGGGGGUGUGUGACGGUGCUGAGCGGAGGGCGCAGCAGAUCUAACGGCGGCGGCAUGCUUUUUUGUCCCCACUGUGGCGAAGAUGCCUCAGAGGCGCAGGAGGUCACCAUCCCCUCGUUCAGCUCAGCCAUGGCCUCCGCAACCACGGUCGUCACCAUGUCCGCUUCCUCUACCACCACCCCGUCUCUGCCGCCGUCUGUCCCCACGGCGCCCUCCCUUACAGCCUCCACAGGAGGGAUGAAGGAUGGGAAGAUGCCUGAAAGACCUGUCAGCGCUCGUAUGCGCAGUCAGGGCUUGAUAACGCUUACAGUAGAGCAGCAGCAGCCUCCACAGCCUGUAGCCUCAGCAGCGACUGCAGCCGCCAUCCCCCCAGCAGAGGAGGGCGUGGACAGCGUGGGGCCUUCGCUCUGUAUGCCGAAUGGGAAGCCAAUAAGCCCAAGCGCACUUCCACCUGGGCCCAGCAGGGCGGCGCUGCAGAAGGCCAUUCUCACCCAGGACACAGAGAGGAGGAAGAAAUUGAGGUUCCACCCUCGCCAGCUCUACCCCGCCGCCAAGCAAGGAGAGGUGCAGAGAGUCCUGCUCAUGCUCAUGGAGGGUAUAGAUCCAACGUACCAGCCUGACUCUCAGAACAGGCGCUCUGCUCUUCACGCUGCAGCUCAGAGAGGUCUGCUGGAAGUCUGCUACAUGCUGAUACAGGCUGGUGCUCAAGUGGAUGCCCAGGACAAGGAUCUGAGGACUCCUCUGUUGGAGGCUAUUAUCAACAAUCAUGUUGAGGUGGCUCGCUACCUGGUCCAGAACGGUGCCUGCGUCUAUCACGUUGAGGAGGACGGAUAUACUGGCCUCCAUCACGCAGCCAAGCUGGGAAACCUGGAAAUUGUCAACAUGCUUCUGGAGACGGGGCAGGUUGAUGUGAAUGCGCAGGACAGUGGGGGCUGGACGCCGAUCAUCUGGGCUGCAGAGCACAAACACGUAGAUGUGAUCAAAGCGCUGCUGAACAGAGGAGCUGACGUCACCAUCAAUGAUAAGUCCUGUCUUUCCCAUCAGGAGCUGAAUGUGUGUCUCCACUGGGCGGCGUAUGCAGGAAAUGUGGAUAUAGCAGAGCUGGUGCUGAACGCUGGUUGCUCCCUCUCCUCAGUUAACGUACAUGGAGACACGCCGCUCCACAUCGCUGCCAGAGAGGGCUACUUGGACUGUGUUACGUUGUUCUUGUCAAGAGGUGCAGACAUAGACAUCAUGAACAGGGAGGGAGACACGCCUCUCACCUUGGCCCGGGCUGACACCCCGGUGUGGGUGUCGCUCCAGAUCAACAGGAAGUUGCGCAGGGGAAUAACCAAUCGCAUGCUUCGGACGGAAAAAAUCAUCUGCAGUGACAUUGCACAGGGCUACGAGAACGUACCGAUCCCCUGCGUGAACGCGGUGGAUGACGAAGGCUGUCCCUCGGACUACAAAUACGUUUCAGAAAACUGUGAAACUUCAGCGAUGAACAUAGACCGUAAUAUCACACACUUACAGCACUGUAGCUGCACCGAUGACUGCUCGUCUAGUAACUGCCUCUGUGGACAGCUCAGCAUCCGCUGCUGGUAUGACAAGGAUCAACGGCUGCUUCAGGAGUUCAACAAAAUAGAACCUCCACUAAUAUUUGAAUGCAACAUGGCCUGUUCUUGCUAUCGAACAUGCAAGAACAGGGUGGUGCAGGCAGGAAUCAAAGUUCGGCUGCAGCUGUACAGGACAGAGAAAAUGGGCUGGGGAGUCCGAGCUCUCCAAGACAUUCCCCAGGGAAGCUUCAUCUGCGAAUAUGUCGGGGAGCUGAUCUCGGAUGCAGAAGCAGAUGUUAGAGAGGAUGACUCCUACCUGUUUGACUUGGACAACAAGGAUGGAGAGGUUUAUUGCAUCGAUGCCCGGUAUUACGGCAACAUCAGCCGCUUCAUCAACCACCUUUGUGACCCAAACCUCAUCCCGGUACGAGUGUUCAUGCUGCAUCAGGACCUGCGAUUCCCCCGCAUUGCCUUCUUCAGCUCCAGAGAUAUCCUCAGUGGUCAGGAGCUGGGGUUUGACUACGGAGACCGGUUUUGGGACAUUAAGAGCAAAUAUUUCACCUGUCAGUGCGGAUCAGAGAAAUGCAAGCAUUCGGCCGAAGCCAUCGCCUUGGAGCAGAGCCGGCUAGCUCGGCUGGAGGCCGGCCCAGAAUCGGGAGGUGACUGUGGGCUGACCAUGCUGGGAAACUCUUAAAACAAAACACUCACCCAUGGGGCCUUUGGAUUAACUCCUUUUGUUGCGCACACUAGUAAUGGAAAUACACCGGGGGGGGGGGGUCUUGUCAUCAUUCAGUUUUAUAUCUAAGGUGCUGUGUGUUUUUCUACUUGAACUGUAAUUUCUUUUCCUCAAGCUGUCAGCAGUCACUUUAACAUGUGGAGGACAUGGGCCUGAACAUUUUUUACAGUGUAGGAGUUCGGAGAAAGAAAUGGUGGAAGUCUUGUGAGUCUUUACGUACAGUAUUUUAACUGUAAGUCAUGAUGUACUCAUCAUGCCUUGACACUUGGUGUGUUAGCAGUCUGUCAUCAUGUGUGUACCAGUCGUGUACACACACAUAUCCAUUUUAUACAUUUUCUGUUUCUCUUGUGCCAAUGAGUUCAUGAAUUUUGACACAGAGCAGUAAUGGUCCAAGUUUUUACCCAUGCUGGACCCCAGAAGGGUGUUUUUCAUGACUGUUAGCUUUAUUUUCGUUUUCUUUUUUUUUUUUUUUAUACCUGAUGUUUACU